AGACGGUGUUGACAUGACACCUGAGAAACCUCGAGAGUAGCUGGAGCUUUGUUUUAACCACAAGGGAAACUAAACACACACUGGACAUGGAGCUGUCUCCCCUCAUUAAGAAAAUAGCUCACUCGCUGGUGGAGAUCCGCGUUCGGGCGCUGAAGAGCAUCUUGUCCAAGCUGGACCACUCCCUGAUUUCCGUCUGUGACAUCGUCCAGGAGAAGAUGCUGUUCGUCUAUCUGCUGGAGUGGUUUAAUUUCCCUGAGGUGCCGAUGCAAGAGCAGGUCCUGGAGCUGCUCACCACCCUGUCAAAGCAUCCGAGUGCAGCCCAGAUGCUGAGAGACGUCGGGGCGGUGGACUUCCUCACUCAGCUGUCUCCUAACGUGGAGCCCAGACUGCGAGCUGUCAUCAGUGGAGCCCUGGACCAGCUGUUCCAGCUGCCUGAGCUUCUCCCAAGCAAAACAAUGGUCUACUCGCAUGGACCACGUGAUGCAGCUCUGACAGCUCCGACUGUUGUUUCACCUGAAGAUUUUCCUAAAAUGGGCUAUUUCCACAAGAGUAUGCCAGCUCUUACAGAAGUUCCACCUCACAAGAUCCCAGUGCACGAGUCUGUGAGAUGUCUGAAGUUUUCUGUGUUUCCAUGGCUGACAUUGACCAACACAGACAGGCACAUACUUACAUCCAAUGAGAGUUCCCUAAGGAGCAACAACCCAAACUUGGUGCGAACCACAUGCGAUCUUCUGUGCGAUGUCAUUAUGCAGGACUUUCCUCCAGAGAUCUUCCUGCAGAGGCCAAGUAUUGUAAAGAACCUUCUUUCCCUGUUGAGGGGGGGUGCUGGUAAAGGUGAGCCGAGCUACCUCCACUUGCAGGCUCUCUCCUGCCUACGGCAGCUUUGUGCAGGGCUAAGGAGGAGACUGCGCUUUCAUCAAGAUCCAAGCUUCUACUCUACAAAGCAAGAUCCAGUGUCCCAGAAUUCCUCCUUCUCCUACUCCCAGGAGGUGCGGGGGACCCAGCGUUCCAAUGCCUCCUCCCCGGGGGGAGAGUGCUCCCCCCGACCCUCUGUGGUGGGACGCACAGGCCAAAGAGCCAGGGGAGAUGGCCAAGAUGGGGAUGUAGCUUCCAACAGUGGCAGCUCGACCAGGGCCGGAGCUGCAACCCAGGCCCCCAGGCAGACGGCCCAGUCACCUGCAGACACGGCCCAUCUGGAGCUUCCUGACCUGGGGGCGGAAGAUGUCCUUGAGGUGCAGUUACAGCAGCUCACUCUGGCCCAGUUUACGGUUUCCAUCAUGGAGCAUGCUAUACCACUUCUUAAGACAGAGGGUUCGCAUUUGUUCCAUCGUGUUCUGGGGCUGCUCUGUGACGCCAUCCUCCUGCUCGGGGACAGCGUUUGUGAGCUGGUCUGGGACGAUCGCAGCCUGGUGGGGAUGGAGCUGAAGGAGAAGCUGCAAGCCUUUAUGGAGUUAUUGGGCGAUAUCCUGAGCUACCAUCAGAGCAACCCAGCAGACAUUCCUCACAGCGCUCAGAUUCACCACAGAAUGGCCUACACAGGCACGGCCAUAUUCACCAUUAAACUCCUACAGACCAUCCUCCCUCCUGAGAAGGCUUGUGACAAUCUCCCCGAAAGCACUGCGACAGCUGUAUUCCAUCUAUGCUUGGACACAUCUUUGGGUAGUUUAUUCCCCAGCGUGCAAGAGACAGCAGUAGCUUACUUGGAGCAGGUUAACUCUGACCACCAUGACCUUUACUCGAGGGUGACCCGUGCUGCCCUCUGGAUGGAGUCCACUUGCAGCUUUCUCAAGGAAGCACAAGCUGAGGGAGAAAAAAACUGGUUGGAGUUGCUGGAGCUGGCAGACCAGGCCAUCGACGGCCUCUCGUUUCACCAGCACUUACCCAUCGUCAAAGAAUGUGUUCACAUCUGCUCUUACCUGUGGAAGUUUGAUCAGCCUAGUCCGCUUCUCCAGACAGAGAGCCAGAAACUUCUCCUCAAGUUGCUGUCUCAUCCUUUACCUUCCGUCAAGACGGAGACGUACACAUGCACACUCAACCUGCUCAAGGACUGCGUUGGCAUCCAGAAUGUGUCACGACAACAAAAAGGAGCCUGUGAUGAAAUCAACUUCCUGCUCCACCACAGAGUGCUCUAUGAAUUAAGUGCGUUUGGACUCCAGGACUCUGCAGAAAAAGUGAACGUGGCUGCCAAGGAUAUCCUGCUAUUCCUGCUUAAGGGACGAUUGAUGAUGACAGCAUCAACCUGGGACAGAUUCAACGAGGCACUUUACCCAGUCAUGCCCGUAUUGCAGGGUUAUACCGGCACCGAAGAGUCCCUGGGUAACUGCGUCCUACUGAUAAGUGACACGUCCGACGUGACAAGAGACAACGUGUUUCCCAGCUCAGCCAAACUAAAAGCAGCACUCCGUCUCCUUUUCACUAAACAGCCUGCUGUGAGAAUAGCAGCAGCGCAACAAGUCAUUCCUCACCUAACCAAUGCUGAUGAGGCUGAAACAGUCAAACAAGUCCUGGAUCAACCAGUGAUCUCCACGCUGCCCAAUCUUUACUGUGUCAGAAAUCCUUUUGACAUCUCACUGGACACAAACAGCAAGUCUGUCCUCAAGGUGGAGUCCGUGGAGAAGCUGUUUUGUAUCCUGUCCUCAGACACUGUCGACAUCUCUCUGAAAAAAUCGGCAGCCGAGCAGCUGUCUGUGGUGCUGCAAGACACGAGAAUGCACCCAGUGCUGAAGAAUCUAGGAAUAACAGACAAAGUCCUUUCUUUCAUUAUGGGAAGUGUCAACGGCAAAAAGAGCUUGGAUUGUCUGCUGGAGCCUUGUAUAUGUAUCCUGAGGAAGCUGGUGUAUGCUGAUCCAUCUCUGAGGCACAGCCUGGCACAGCGCAACCUCCUGCUUCUCACACUGCUUAGGGCAUCCCUGAUAUUGAAGGAGAACAAAAGCAGUGGCAAUGAGAUUGCUAUCUUAAUGAGUUUACUGCUGUUUGAUGAGAUUGCUGGCAUCGAAAUAUGGUCGGACAAAUGCAGCACAGAUGUGACUCUCGCACCGUUCUCCCUCCCUCUGACAGUGAUACGCAGGUACAACCUCCCAUUUCAGGCAGCGAGUCAUCACGCCGUCAGCCCGUACUGCUGCGUCCUGCCUUCUUCCACUGGCCUCCUGACCCUGGCCCCCGCUCGCCAAGCCCUGCAGGUGGCCUGGAACACUGCAUGGCAUUCUGGGAUAGACAACCUCCUUGAGGAGCUGCAUGGCAACUCAACCAGGGACCCUGAAUUUCAUCCCGACUUAAAGCUGUCAGACGAACAGGUUCUGUGGCUGCGGGCGGUGCACCUCCCCGCCGCACUGCAGGACUGCAUCCAGGCCAUUGGCAGGGCAGCAGGACACAGGUCUGUGACCUCUGCCAUCUCCAGGCUCAGCCUCUACCUGCUGAUUGACAGACUGGCCCUCCCGCAUGUCCCCCGCCUACGCUGCAGAGACACUCUCCACUCGCUCAGUUGGCACUCAGCAAUGACCAGGUUUCUCCAGGUGCGCCCAGCCUGUGUUGAGGAUGAGAGGUUGCUGGUGGGCAUUGUUGCAUUUUUGAAUGCCUACUUCAGACAGAUGCACACUGAGUCUGCGUCUGACCCAGAGGACGAGGACCUGCGUUGGAUACUAGAGCUGCUUCUCAGCCAGGAGUCAGUGUCCCUCCUGAAUUUGCUGCUUGCUGUGGAGACUCAGACCUCAACUCAGAACACAGGGGAACCAGAGGAACUGAAGAACCACGUCGGCCAGAGACUGCAGAGAGAACUCACCGGCUUCUUCAAUACCUUACUCCUCCGACUAUCAUGCACGACUGACAGGCUAUGUUUGGCAUUAGCAGGCCCCUUCAAGAGCCAGCUGGCAGUGUGUCUGCUUCGGAGCCUGCGGGUGUCCGAUGCCCCGCGAUUCUAUGGCCUUCCCAGCCUGGAGAGGACGCUGCAGGGCAUGGUCAGCCUGACUGCCCAGCCUGGCUGGAGCUCUCACUGCCCUGACCUGGAGCCUUUCUCCCUCUGCUCAAAGUAUCUCAGUGGGCUGCUGGAGGUGAUCUCCUCUUUUUAUGUUGAGUGGGGAGGAAACUCCAUGUCGUUCAUGGGCAAAGGUGUGACGAAGAAUGCCGUCAUCUCUCUGCUUCACCUGUCGCAUGAGAUGCUGACUGACAACAAGGACAAGGACUUCCUUUCCCAGUGGUCUUUGGGGAAUGAGGCAGCUGCUGAGGAGGCGAGUAACUCUCAGCUGGGUUUGGCCUGGCUCAUCCCACUAUGGGUCGAUCGAGACCCAGAGGUGAGGUUCGCCAGCUUGGCUCUGGGUGGAGCUCUGUCGUCGGUGCCCAUCGGGUGCCACACUCUGUGUGGGAGCUGUCAGAACAUCAGUGGAGGUCUGUGGGGCACUUUGCUCAACAUCCUCCUGGAUCAGCAGGAGAGCAGCAUGAUCCGCAGGGAGGCUGCUUUUAUCCUGCAGAACUUGCUGGUGAUGCCGAUGCCUGCCAACGCAGAGGAGGCCACGGACUCGGACUGGCAGCACCCAUGUGUCCAUGAUGAGGCUUCUGGCCUCUCUUUGGUGGGUCUCCCGGCGCUCAAGGCUCUGCUCUACCACUGUCAGUUCUUCCAGCAUGUUGCUCUCUCUGCCUCCAUUUGUUACCGAGGCAGGUACACAUUCUACCUAAAGCCUGCUGGCAGUGGCAGUUCUCAGGAGAGUGAGUCACUGGAUUCUGAGAGUUCUCUGUGGUUCUGGAGAUGUGACCCUCCAACACCAGCUCCUAACUCGCGGAGACCCUCCAGCUCCCUCUCUACGUCCAGCACCGUGAUUAGAGGCUCGGAGCCACACAUCCCUAAGGCUUUCUCCUCACUGAGCAUCUCAGAAGAUACUCCUGCCAGCAGGCUGACAGCUCAAGGCCAGAGUGACACGGACACCAGCGACUCUGUUACCUUCCAAGAUUCCAGACAGUGCGAGCCACUGGUAACGGAACCCGUCGUCAUGGUAACUCCCGACCUCCUGACGGCCCACUGCAGCCUGCUGACUUGUCUGCUGUCCAUCCUGCCUGAGUUCACCCUCACUGCCAUCGGACACAACCAGCUCCUCCAGGCCCUGUCCAGACUAGUGGAAAUCAGGCCCAUCGAGAAAUGUCUGAAUGAGCUGUAUUCACCCAACUUGCUGCCAGGAGAGAGAGAAGACAUCAAGAGUCAGUUUGUCACGUUACUCCAGUUCCUGUCCAGCUUCUCGAAGCUGCUGCAGUCGUGUAUCACAGUGAACCAGGAACUGAUUCCUGAGCUGGACUUCACGAAACAGCUGCUGACGACUCUGGUUGCAGUUCUCAUGCUGGACACCAAAGGAUUAGAUGCAGGUACUCGGGACACAGUUUGUCUGUGCUGGGCAGACGUGUUUAUGCUCCUGGCUACUCUGGUGAGGAGGGACAGCUCAGCGGCGUACCCAUCUGUCUCCGCUGCGCUUGGGAAACGCUGGCGGACAUUUGCAGGAACAUUAUCAGUUUGUGUGACUGAGAAGUUUGCAGACCCUCAGCUUCACACAGUCGCUCUGCAGUUCCUCUGUGCAAUUUUCACAGAGGAGACUAAGAGUCGAGGUGACGAGGUCACAACCCCCAACUCCAAGUGUGCAACUUCUUUGACAGACAUUGUGAACUCUCCCUCGGCCGGCCAGCUCUGUGAACUGUUACUCCAGAGUUUUGAUAAGAAGACCCUGCAGGACCCUUUAAAGAAGCUGACAGCGAGAGCUCUGUCGACGCUGUUGGCAUGCAGCCCCACAGCUCAAAGCCAUGCGGCCAAUGCUGGUUUAAUCGACAGCUGUGUGGAGCAAAUGAAGCAGACUCAUUCCCAGCUCCACCUGGAGUCAGUCCGACCCAGCAAGGCUUCUCUCCGCAAAAAGGAAGAGGCCCAUUUAAAGGAAGUCAGGCUGAGUGUGGAGAUCCUGCAGAGCGCUCUUUACCGCAACGAUGAAUGCAAAGUGGUGGCUUCAGAUGCUCGCCUCACACUGACCCUCUAUGCUCUUUGGCCUUGGCUCCUAUUGGACGACCCCAACAUGGAGGCUGUGCUGGAGCUACUGUGUGUCUAUACAGCCAACUGCACCACAGCAUGCAGUUCUCUCUGUGGGAGUAUACCACCAGGAUCGAAAGGCUCCUCCAGUAGCUCACUGAUGCACGCUGUCAUGAAGCUGGCCUCAGGGGUCGCCCCGGACAACAGCCCGGUCCAGAAGCUGGCCUUCUCUCUCCUCACAAACCUCGCCAUGUCCCGCGACUGCAGGGGCCUCCUGCAAAAGAAUAACUUCCUCCAAGCCUUCGUUUCGGUUCCAGUGCCCAAGGCGGGUGGUGGUGGCGGCGUACUGGGCCUGUGGUUGAAGCUGCUGGUCACCCUCUCGUUCGCGGAAGACAUCCAGCAGAGUCUCCUGAGGGUGACCGGUGUCCUGGAGCUGCUGGCGGACUUGGCAGCUCACCGGAGGAAUGCGCUGCUCACCCUUCACAACCUCUGCUUCUGGCCCGCCAACAAGCCUCACGUCAUUGCCAGUGACAAAGCCAUGAAGACGCUCCUCUGCUGCCUGGAAGGCAAAGAGAUGGAGACUCGCUGUAUGGGAGCAUCUGCACUUUGGGCAUUGCUUCAUAACAAUCAGAGGGCCAAGACGACGAUGAAGUGUCCCUCAAUACGACGGAGGAUUGACGAGGCACACACCACCUUUAAGAAAGCUGCAGAGAACAAUCCGGAUCCGAUGGGUCCCUACCUGUUGAAGUGCUUUGAAAACCUUUCUCAGCUGCUAAAUAACUGAUUGUAUUUAUACUUUUGUUUCUUUGUAUCAUAUUUUAUACUUAUAUAAAUAUUAAAGUGGCAACAUUUAGGUGCCGUCUUGUACAAAACUU